AUGGCGGCAACUCGUACAGACCAACAAAUUUCCCCCGCAUCAUGGCAGUCAUUGCACCAAUUUGCAAAGUCUAUAAUCUCAACGGCAAUGGCGGCUUUGCUCAAUUACCUACCCUUCACCAAGAAGGAAGAGCAACGUCCUCUUCCAGACACUGUUGAGUCAGAUGACAUCAUUCCGGUGCACUUGUUCGACGAUACUGCAGCGGCGCGGGGAAUCGUACUGGUAUGGACUUUGCAGUUUGAAGACGUAUUGAACCCCCAUAAACUGAACAAUGCUCUGUCCAAGCUCUUUGAGUUGGACGGAUGGCGGAGACUAGGUGGAAGAUUUCGGCAAAGGUCAGAUGGUGGACUCGAAAUACAUGUCCCGCGAAAAUUUACAGAAGAUCGGCCAGCAGUUUAUUUCACCCAAGAAGAGUUUGACACCCCAAUGUCAGAACAUCCGCUGGCUUCACGAUUGCCCAAGCCAACUGGAAGUAUUUCUACUUAUACUGGACCGAAGGGUUUUUGUGCUCUUGGACUCCGCCCCGAGACGCCUCGCAACAUGGACGACUUUGUUCAUUCCGACAUACCUCAAUUUUGUCUACAUGUGCAAACCUUCACCGAUGGUACUCUCGUCAACUUGACGUUCUCCCAUGUGACAACUGAUCUGAUGGGGCUGUCUGCCAUAUUCGAGGGUUGGAGUCAGGUCCUUGCUGGGAAGCCAGAAGCUGUCAUCCCAAUGCCAGGAUACCGAAAAGAUGUGUUCGAUGACAUGCUCAAGUCUCCGCCCAAGGAACAACAUCUUUUUGCAGACAAGAUUCUUGAUGGCUGGCGUUUCAAAGUCUGGGGCUUACGAAGCUUGUAUGAAUCGUGGAGAUCCGGCAAUAUUCAGUCGCGGACUCUGUGUAUCCCGAAAGAGACAGUUAGCAGAAUGAUGCAGCGAGCGAGAGGGCACCUGGAAGAGGAAGCAACUGACAACAAGCCAUUCAUCAGCGAGGGGGAUGUCUUUGCGGCUCUUUCUUGCCUUAUGUUAGCCAAGUACCAAGGCCGGGGCACAAAUCGAGAGCUGGCAACUAUCAUGGCUGUCGACCCUCGAAGUCGAGCUCGAUCAGUCUUCUUACCAGACAAAGCAUACGUACAGAACUCUCCUACCAACGCCUUUGUGUUCUGCCGUGCCAACGAAAUCUUGGACCUACCACUUGGGAAACUUGCCCUCCAAGUGCGAAAGGCCAUACAAGCACAGACCACAGAAGAACAGCUGAAAGCCUCAACAGCGCUCUCAAUCGAGUCUAUGAAGACGAAAAAUAUGCCCGUCGUCUUUGGGAGCACCAAAAUGGCUGCCCAGUUUAUGUCGAAUUGGAGCAAGGGAGACCUUGCUGAGAAGUUGGACUUCAGCCCCGCGAUAGAACAGGAGGUACACCCUGAGUCUAGAAGGGGGAAGAGGGGACAUCCUGUGUAUUAUCAAGCUUCUGAUCCCGGACACAACACUGUCUCCGCCAUAUCGAGCGUGUUCGUAGUGGUUGGUAAGGACUAUGAAGGAAAUACUUGGUUUUCCAACUCGUUACCGCAGAAGAUGUGGACAGACUUGAUGGAUUACCUUGAGCAGCUCAGCCAUACUGGUAGAGGGUCUAAACUCUGA